CCAUCCCAUCGAAUUCCAGUUCCAGCAUGGAGAAUUCCCCACCACCGGCACCAGCAGCGGCGGAGGAGGCGCAGGCAACGCAACCCGAUCCCCUCCACCCAGACCCCGCGGCGAUGCGGCCGCCAUCGCCGCCGCGCGCGCCGCUGGCGUUCCCGACGCUGGACUCCCUCGCGGCGUUCCUCCGCCCGCGGCUCCCUCCCCAGGCGCUGUCCUCCUGGGGCGCCGUGCCGGGGACCAAGACCCUGCUCAACCUCUUCCUGGAGCUCUCCCACGGCGACUGCGCGCUCCACGUCCCGGCCGCCCCGCCGCCGCGCGUCGUCCGCGCCGUGCACGUGGCGACCGUCCGCAUCCGCAACCGGCGCGGCGCGCGGCUGGUGGAGGCCCGGCAGCUGCUCUCCGACGGCACGGUCCGGCGCCGCGGCCCGCGGCCGCUGUCGGAGAAGAUGCGGCCCGGCGAGUCCCCCGAGGCCGCGGCGGCGCGCGCCGUGCGGGAGGAGCUCGGCGCGCGCGCCCGCGUCCGGAUCGGGGGCGCGCGGGAGGCGCGCGUGGAGGAGCGGGAGUCGGCGUCCUACCCGGGGCUCCCCGCCCGGUACGUGCUGCACGCGGUGGACGCGGAGGUGGUGGACGGCGUGCCCGAGGACGGGGCGUUCGAGACCGAGGAGACCGGCGAGGACGACGGGGGCGCCGGCGCGGGGGCCAUCACCGUGAAGCGGCACUACUGGGAGUGGGUCGACGACGACGACGGCGACGAUAAUGAGCACAAGGAGGUCGCUGCCGCCGCCGGCGCAGGCGCGCACUAGUGGAUCAUCCUAGGCUCGUAGCAUCAUUUCCUUCCUGAUCAUUUUGUUCGCAAGUUUCUCCUCUCCAGAUCAGUUCACGUGUACGAAGUAGUAUCACUCCAAUUAGAUGGUUUCAGAGAUAAUUGAAAUCAUGAAUGCAUUGUGAAACGUUCCUUGA